AUGCUCGUAACCCAGCUCGGCUCAUACAUUGCCUGGCUGACUCUGCCACGGGUGGUUUCCUCGACUUUGCAGUCAUAUUACUACAAAACAGUCUACAGCAGCAAUCCGGCCGAUGUGCCGCGCCCCGGAACCCCAAAACAUCGCAGAGAUCAACGGAUCUCGUACGCGCUCGUGAUUGCAGCGUACUUUGCCUACUCGACGUACAAGAUAAUAGCAGAGGUGCUUGAGCAAGGGAAUUCCUACACGGUGCUGGGGGUCCCGCUCGAUGCGGACGCGAAGGCGAUUACGCGCGCGUUUCGCGAGCUCAGUAGACGGGUGUAUCCCGACAAGGUCGGGCCAGGAGACGAUGGACGUCCGUGGAUGCUGAUCAAUAGCGCAAAGGAAACACUGCUGGAUCCGGUGAAGAGGUUUGCGUACGAUCGGUUUGGAAGCGAGUCGCUGGGGUGGAUGGGGGUCAAGACUCCCGGAGAUUACAUCUGGCAGGGACUGAGGGCGUCGAUGCCGCAGUAUGCGAUCAGUUUGCUGGCGUUAGUGGUGUUGUCGUGGAUUGGAAUUCGCGAGGGGGGUUAUUGGAGAUUCUAUGCUCUGGCGGUGGAGUGCGUGAUCGAGCUCUGGCUGUUAACCCACAGCGGAGCACAGGAGCGAAUCUCCGCAUUCUUUUCAUAUCCAAUCACGAUCCACGAGCUCUCGUCGAUAACCCGCAGAUUACUGAUCCAAAUAACAAUCGCCGGCUCGCAACUCGGCCCGGUUCUGUUCCCAAGAUAUCCCGACCUGGCGACGCAGCUCCAGCAAGACCACGAGCUGAUGACAGUCAUGCUCAACAGACUCUCGACUACGGCCGCCGUGGUCGAGAAGGAGGCGACGGCUAUGUUUUCGGCGCAGACGCAGCCGUUUUUGGUGCCGUCGCCGAGAGGGAGCGCGAAUGCGGCAGACGAGCUGUAUUUCAAAAGACAGUUGCAUCAGCAGCUUGUGGAGCAGAAACUGCGAAGUCAUCCUCGCGUGAGAGAAGCGGUUGGGAAAGCAGUCGAGUCUCGGACGGCGGCUAUCAACCUUUCCAGAUCUGCAUCGUCUCAAUGA